AUGCCAGGAUAUCACGUUCCAAUAUCAGGCCCGAUGAUGCAAAACCCAUAUCAUAAUUUGGGACAUUUGGGAACGUAUCCUGACCAAUCCCAUCUUCAUGCGUCAAAGACUGGGAAAGGUUGUAAAAAGGGCAACCGUGAUUGCGUCUAUCCUGACCCGCCAGCUUCAAAAAGCUCCAAGUCCAAAGACAAUAAUGCAUCUCAGAAGACGAGCCCAAAAUCAUCGAAUGAGGGGGACGACGCUGAUAUGGACCGGGUCACAAACUCCCUUCAGACGAUCCUCGACGAGGACGAACCUGAAGAAUUGUCUUCUGAAGAGAGGUCCGAUUCUCAACUAUCAGGAAGCAAAGCCACAGGUUCCUCAAAUCGCAACGUCACCACGAGGCAAAGCACUGAAAGCUUAUCACCGGACGGAAUCAAAGAUUCUUCUCCUUCAGUAUCGACUGGCGGCAGCAGUGUGACUGUGGCCCCGUCCAUUGACCUAAACAUACCUACGGAUGGCCGUGCCGAUUGGUCGCAUCUUCCUUUGGACUACCAACACUACCUGAAUUAUUUUGUGGAAAAUAUCACCAGCUUUCACUAUAGCAUCAUGCACGAUGCUGAUGACUUCUUUGGUACUAUUCUGCCUUCUCUAGCUGUUCAACACGAACCUCUUCUUAAUGCUGUUGUUGGCUUUGCAACAUAUCACGCCACCCUGCAGAAUCCCGCUGGCAAACUCCAGGACUUCUUGAAAUACUACAAUAAAAGUGUCACACUUCUCCUGGAAUCUAUAAAUCGAAAGGAGAUGAACAAUAUCCUGAACCUGAUAACCAUUCUGCAGCUAUUGACCAUAGAAGAAUAUUUUGGUGAUUGGAUUAAUCUCAUGGGACAUCAAAAAGCGGCCUUCCAAGUUGUUCGAAAAAUAUUCACCCCUGAUACGGUUAUGCACACGCCAGUUGGACGAGCCUGCAUCGAUUGGUACACCCGCUACGACUGUUACGUCGCCAUUAUGGGUGGGUUCCCGACUGAUCUGCCACGGGAGUGGUUCAACCGAAUGAACGAGUACAACGAGUCGCAACUUGGCGCCAGCCCCGACGAGUUUCGCUGGAAAAUUAGUUCUCGAUCUACUCAACUUCGCUCCAUAUCGUACGAUAUGUCUAUGCUCUACGCACGUGGCAGUCGCGGGCAAAUAGGACCCGAAGACUUCACCAAGGAGCACAAGAGAAUAACCAACGAACUUCUCGAGUGGAAAUCGACCUGGGAUGCCGCCCUUUCGGUGCCGGAAUAUUUGGUCACGGACUUUUCUUACCAACGCGACGUGGUUCCUGGUGACAUCGUGAAUCCGUACAUGCUAGGUCUUCUUUACGAGCAGCCACUCUUCACAAAUACCUUGAUAACCACAGAAUGGACCUCCAUCAUGAUUAUGCACCUAUCGCAAUCGUCGGACAUCCCUGCGGAACAGGUUUUUAUAGAGAUGGCCAAACAUGCCUACACCAUAUGCCAGUAUUUCGAGACUGUAGAAUUUUGGCCAUUGAAACCCAAGGGAGCCCUAAUACCACUGCAGCCUUGUAUUUCCAUUGCUGCUCUCUUCCUGCCGCGAGACUCUCGUCACCAGAUGUGGGUUCGCAGGAAGUUUGCUCUACUGGACACAAUGGGAUUUAUACACCCUACUACACGACGAAUCAAAAUGGCGCACCUGUUCCGUGACCCGUCCUGUGCCCAUUGGUGGCUACCAAACGACGAAGGGUUGACUCCAAUAUUGCAAGCAAUUCGCACUUUUGCAGACGAGCGAAACACAGCAGCUGUGAACGCCCAACAGGAAAAUAUUCGGGAAGUCCGCCAUUUAUUUGCUAAGAUGGAGGCCGCCGAAUUAGCCCUAACAACGGGCAACGAUGUGACAGGCAUGUCUUGA